UGUUCUGACACCGAAUACAGAGAACAGUAAUUUUCCCUACCAAGUACCUAACUUCCAUAAGUGUGAGAUUUGUUUGCUGUCUUUCCCAAAAGAGACCCAGUUCCAGCGCCAUAUGAGGGAUCAUGAGCAAAAUGACAAGCCUCACCGGUGUGACCAAUGUCCAAUGUCAUUUAAUGUUGAAUUCAACUUGACGCUUCAUAAAUGUACUCACAAUGGUGAAGAUCCUACAUGUCCUGUGUGCAACAAGAAGUUCUCCAGAGUAGCCAGUCUGAAAGCUCAUAUAAUGCUACAUGAGAAAGAAGAGAACCUUAUCUGUUCAGAGUGUGGGGAUGAAUUUACUUUACAGAGUCAGCUUUCCAUACACAUGGAAGAACAUCGUCAGGAAUUGGCAGGCAGUAGGAUCCACAGCUGCAAGUCUUGCAAAAAGGAAUUUGAAACCUCCUCACAGCUAAAGGAGCAUAUGAAAACUCACUAUAAAAUCAGGGUAUCAAAUACCAGAUCUUAUAACAGAAACAUUGACAGAAGUGGGUUUACCUAUUCCUGUCCUCACUGUGGAAAGACGUUCCAGAAACCGAGUCAGUUAACGCGACAUGUUAGGAUACACACAGGUGAAAGACCUUUCAAAUGCAGUGAAUGUGGAAAAGCCUUUAACCAGAAGGGGGCAUUGCAGACCCAUAUGAUCAAGCACACUGGCGAAAAACCCCAUGCUUGUUCCUUUUGUCCUGCAGCCUUUUCUCAGAAAGGCAAUCUUCAGUCACACAUACAGAGAGUUCAUUCAGAGGUGAAGAAUGGGCCUACAUACAACUGUACAGAAUGCAGCUGUGUCUUCAAAAGCUUGGGUAGUUUAAAUACACAUAUCAGCAAGAUGCACAUGGGUGGUCCACAGAAUUCUGCAAGUGCUUCAACAGAUGUAUCUCAUGUUACAGCGGACUCUGUCACCCAGCCUUUAGCAACGUCCCCCACUAAUCUUUUGCAACCUGUUGAUAACAAAUGGAAGAAUGCCACGCAUUUUCGGUCUCCACUUCUUCAACAGCCAGAAAACCAGGCUUCUUCAGCUGCUACUCAUCAGGGUCAGCAGGCUGUAACUGAUGUCAUCCAGCAGCUCCUUGAGCUAUCAGAACCAGGUCCUGUAGAAAAUAACCAACCUCAACAACCUGGUCAGCAACUCAACAUUGCAGUGGGGAUCAAUAGAGAUAUUUUGCAGCAAGCUUUAGAGAACAGUGGGUUGUCUUCAAUUCCCGUCUCUGCACAUUCUACUGACUGCAGCCAAGCUAAGACUCCUGGGACCCAGGAUCAGAACCCAGAUGUCCAGACUCUUUCAAAUCAUCAGGCUGACUCUAGUAAUGUAGAACAAGAUAAGGAGCAAGAGAGUACAGAUAAAUUGGAUAAAAAGGAAAAAAAGUUUAUUAAGAAGAAGUCAUCAUUUUUACCUGGUUCUAUACGUGAAGAGAAUGGAAUAAGGUGGCAUGUUUGUCCGUAUUGCUCUAAAGAAUUUAAAAAACCAAGCGAUCUAGUGCGCCACAUUCGCAUUCAUACCCAUGAGAAGCCUUUCAAGUGUCCCCAGUGUUUCCGCGCCUUUGCCGUUAAGAGUACUCUCACAGCACAUAUAAAAACACAUACUGGCAUUAAAGCUUUCAAGUGCCAAUUUUGUAUGAAAUGCUUUUCCACCUCAGGGAGUUUAAAAGUUCACAUUCGUCUACAUACAGGUGUUAGGCCUUUUGCUUGUCCUCACUGUGACAAAAAGUUCAGAACAUCGGGCCACCGGAAAACUCACAUUGCUUCACAUUUUAAACAUACUGAACUAAGAAAGCUGCGACAUCAACGUAAACCAGCAAAAGUUCGAGUAGGAAAGACGAAUGCUCCGGUACCAGACAUACCUUUACAAGAGCCCAUACUCAUAACUGAUUUAGGUCUUAUCCAACCAAUCCCAAGGAAUAGCCAGUUCUUCCAAAAUUAUUUUAACAAUAAUUUUGUCAAUGAUGGAGACAGACCAUACAAAUGUUUUUAUUGCCAACGAGCCUAUAAAAAAUCUUGCCAUCUUAAACAACACAUCAGGUCACAUACUGGUGAAAAGCCAUUUAAGUGCUCUCAGUGUGGAAGAGGUUUUGUGUCAGCUGGAGUUCUGAAAGCACAUAUUAGAACACACACUGGAUUGAAAGCUUUUAAGUGUCUUAUAUGCAACGGGGCCUUCACUACUGGUGGUAGCCUCAGGCGACAUAUGGGGAUCCAUAAUGACCUUCGACCAUACAUGUGUCCGUAUUGUCAAAAAACAUUCAAAACAUCACUAAACUGUAAAAAACACAUGAAGACUCAUAGAUAUGAACUUGCACAGCAACUUCAGCAACAUGAACAGUCUGCCUCAAUAGAUGAUUCUACGGUAGAUCAGCAGAGCAUUCAUGUUUCUACACAGAUGCAAGUGGAGAUUGAAAGUGAUGAGCUACAGCAGUCAGAAGCUGUUGCAACAGAUCAGCAAGCUAUUUUAGAGUUAGACCAACAGCCAGUAGUAGGCACGGAAGAAACAGCACUAGAACAACAAUUGACUGAUCAGCCUUUAGAACAAGAUGAGGAUAGAUUUGUGACAUCCCAGCAUGCUUUACAGGAAAACAUCACUCAGUUUGAACAGCAAGCUAUAACACAGCAGCCAUUUGAUCAACAGGGCUUAUCACAAGGUUUUACAGUGAAUGAUAGCUACAAUCAACAGACUCAAUUUCCAGCUGUACAGCAGCUGCAGGAUUCAAGCACACUUGAAUCUCAGGCUCUUUCAACGAGUUAUCAUCCACCAGCCCUUCUUCAGGUUCCAAAUACAGACACUAUUAAUGUAACUACCCGCUUGAUACAAGACCAGUCAUCACAAGAAGAACUUGAACUGCAUGCCCAACGGCCUCAUUUUCUUGAGGAUAAUGAAGAUCAAAGCAAGCGUUCAUAUAGGUGUGAAUAUUGCAACAAGGGUUUUAAGAAAUCCAGCCAUUUGAAACAACAUGUACGAUCACAUACUGGUGAGAAACCUUAUAAAUGCCAACUCUGUGGCCGUGGCUUUGUUUCCUCAGGAGUUCUUAAGUCACAUGAGAAGACCCAUACAGGAGUUAAAGCAUUCAGCUGUAGCAUUUGCAAUACCUCCUUCACAACUAAUGGCAGCCUUACCAGGCACAUGGCAACUCACAUGAGCAUGAAGCCUUACAAGUGCCCGUUCUGUGAUGAAAGCUUUCGAACAACUGUUCACUGCAAAAAACAUAUGAAAAAACAUCAGGCGGUCUCCUCAGCUGUAGCAGCAGCUACAGAAACAGGAGGGGGAGUUGCAUGUGAAGAUGAUGAUGAAAACUCUGAAAGAACAUCCAGAAAAUCUCGUCCUGGUGUCAUAACUUUUACAGAAGAAGAAACAGCAGAACUGGCGAAGAUUAGGCCUCGAGAAACUGCCACUGUCUCAGAAAAGGUUCUUGUCCAGUCUGCUGCAGAGAAAGACAGAAUUAGUGAGAUCAAAGAUAAGCAAGCAGAACUGGAAGCUGAGCCCAAAUAUGCCAACUGUUGUAGUUAUUGCCCCAAGAGCUUUAAAAAACCCAGUGAUUUAGUCAGGCAUGUUCGUAUCCACACUGGAGAGAAGCCGUAUAAGUGUGAAGAAUGUGGAAAGAGUUUCACUGUAAAAUCCACUCUGGAUUGUCAUGUUAAGACGCACACAGGCCAGAAGCUCUUCAGUUGUCAUGUAUGCAGUAAUUCUUUUUCUACAAAAGGGAGUCUAAAAGUACACAUGCGCCUGCAUACAGGAGCAAAGCCCUUUAAAUGUCCACACUGUGAUUUACGGUUUCGUACUUCAGGGCGCAGAAAAACCCACAUACAGUGUCAUUAUAAACCAGAGGCAAAGAAAGUUAGGAAGCCUGUUGCACGUUCUUCAGCUGAGGGACUACAGCCAGUCAAUCUUCUUAAUUCAUCCUCAACAGACCCUAACGUUUUCAUCAUGAAUAACUCUGUUUUGACGAAUCAGUUUGAUCAAAAUUUACUUCAACAAGGACUUGUGGGCCAGGCUAUCCUGCCUGCUUCAGUGUCAGCUGGAGGUGACUUAACUGUGUCCUUGACAGAUGGUAGCUUGGCCACUCUUGAAGGAAUACAGUUACAACUUGCUGCUAAUCUGGUUGGACAAAAUGUUCAAAUUUCUGGAAUAGAUGCCACCAGUAUUAACAACAUAACAUUACAGAUUGAUCCAAGUAUUCUACAGCAGACGUUACAGCAGAGUAAUUUACUUGCUCAGCAGCUAACCGGAGAUCCCAAUAUGGCUCCACAAAACUCCUCCCUCCAGGCAACAGAGAAUGCAGUGCCGGCUAAUGUGGUUAUUCAGCCUUUAUCAGGCCUGUCUUUGCAGCCCACAGUAACAUCAUCUGCUAACAUGACAAUAGGAUCCCUAUCUGAGCAAGAGUCUGUGCUGACAACCAGUGCUACUGGUGCACAGGACAUCUCUCAAGUCAUGACUUCACAGGGUAUGGUAUCAUCUUCAAAUGGACAACAUGAGAUAAUGCUGACCAUAAAUAAUUCCAGUUUGAGUCAAGUUCUAGCUCAUGCUUCGGGUUCUACUACUACAAGCUCAUCAGGAAGUCCUCAAGAAAUCACUCUUACAAUAUCUGGCCAAGAUCUUAUUCAGCAUAAUUCUGGAAACAGUGAUCUGAAUAGUGGCUUAAGGCUGACAGCGCCAACCAUCAACAGCCAGACAACAGGUGCUACAUUAACUAUAAGCAACGACCAGCUUCUUUCUCAGGGCACUUCACUAAAUACUCCAGAGCUUAAUACAACAGGUGGAACAAACCUUCCUUCAACAACACCCAUAUCUCAGUCUACAGUUUCUGCUCAGAAUUUGGUAAUGUCUUCAUCAGGAGUUGGAGGAGAUGGUAGUGUCACCUUGACUCUUGCUGACACUCAGGGAAUGUUGUCAGGUGGUCUUGAUGCAGUUACACUUAAUAUCACUUCACAGGGUCAGCAGUUCCCUGCUAUACUCACAGAUUCCAGUCUCGCUAGCCAAAGUGGGUCAGGCUCACAGCAAGUCAUACUGGUGAGCCAUACAUCCCAUUCAGCAUCUGCAAACUCUGAUGAAAUAACCUAUCAGGUGGCAGAGGUUUCUCCUAAUGUGACUAAAAGCAGUCAAGCGGAAAAAGAAGGUCGUGUGCACCAGUGUUUUGAGUGUAGUCAAACCUUUUCUUCAGCCACCAUGUUGAUGCAGCAUAGCAAAGAGGUUCAUGGCAAGGAAAGGAUACAUGUUUGCCAUGUCUGCAAUAAAGCCUUUAAGCGGGCAACACAUCUCAAGGAACACAUGCAAACCCAUCAGGCUGGACCUUCACUGAGUUCCCAGAAGCCUAGAGUGUUUAAGUGUGAUACUUGUGAAAAAGCUUUCGCUAAGCCAAGUCAGCUGGAGAGACAUAGUCGCAUUCACACAGGGGAACGGCCAUUUCAGUGUACGCUAUGUGAAAAGGCUUUUAACCAGAAGAGUGCUCUUCAAGUCCACAUGAAAAAGCACACAGGAGAGAGGCCUUAUAAAUGUGAUUACUGUGCAAUGGGAUUUACGCAGAAAAGCAAUAUGAAACUACAUAUGAAAAGGGCACAUGGUUACACUGGUCCUGUACAAGAGCCUGCUAGUCAUCAAGAACAAGAAGGAGAAGAUAUUAGUCGUGCUCUGAAUUUAGAAGAAGUGGUACCAGAAUCUUCAAAUGAAUGGCAGAAUAUAGGCAAUGUUUUUCGAUGACACCUUAAAAUUUGAAAGCUAAAAACAUUUCUGGGACUCGAAUUUCUCGGAACAAGUUUUCAGAAAAGUAAAAGGUGGAUUUUACAGUUAAAGCUUCAAACAUUGAAAAUGUUAACAAUAGUAUAAUAUAUUAGGGGUUUUUUUAUUAUUUACAAAAAAUACCUACAAGAAUCAGUCUUUUUUUAAGCUUGUAGAUGAUUGGGAAAACAUCAUUUAAUCUGUGCUA